GUUGUGUACAGAACAGAGAGGGGUCCAAAGUUUCUAGUGCAUGAAAGCAUUUGGCCCCAGUGCAAUACUGCCAUGUCCCCACAAGAUGGGAGAAACCACUUUGAGGGGAAGAGAUUUGAAUUGAUCCUAUUUCAGCUGCUCCACAUGGCAAUUUAAUGGCAAUUAUUCAACAUCAAAACUAUGGCUCUUUUUAACCUAAUAUUAUCAGUAUAUCUGUAAAAAAUAUACAACAAAAUGAAUUAAAUAUCCAGAAUGUAAUCAUGCCCCCUCUUCCUCUGCAGCUACACAAAACACCACUGGAGGCAGCGGUGCAGGCGGUGUUCCUCCUUGUUGUCUCUGAACACAUGUUUCUGAUAACAUCUAAGUACUUUGACUUUAGUCUCCACCCUCACAUUCACACCCACGCCUCCUGUCUCUCCCUCGCACUUCCUGUCGAAUAGUAAAUUUGCCUGUUUUAGUUGCCGUUUUGUUUUGGGGGGGACAAACAAAGUGUAAAAAGCAGACAGAAAGACGGGUCUUUCUUUGGAAGUGGGAGGAGAUAAAGGGAGAUGCACAGGUGGGGCCCAGAUUGGAAAGAGGCAGUUGAUUCAGCAUUAACACACGGGGGGGGGGGAAGUCUGCUGGCUGCUGCCCUGAGCUUACUGCUAUUCACUGGGACAGGUUGGACUGGUUUCUACCUCCUCACUACCCGUGUUUUCCCUCGCGCUCUGGCUCAUUUGUACCGGCAGAGAGAGCGAAGAAGAAGUGAACCAGAUAAAGUGUCUGUAGAACAGAGUUAAGAGAGCUCUCUGUACAUUUCCACAUUUGACCCAGAGAGAAGGAAUCAACAUGCCCGAGGAAGGAGAGUUCUACGGAAAGAAUGGCGAGCCGAGGAAGUAUGACCCGACCUUCAAGGGCCCGAUCCAGAACCGGGGCUGCACAGACAUCGCGUGCUGCAUCCUCUUCAUUAUUGCCAUACUGGCUUAUAUCGCAGUGGGAAUACUGGCCUGGUCCCAGGGCGACCCCAGGAAGGUGAUCUAUCCCACGGACAGUCGAGGCCAGUUCUGCGGGCAGGCUGGCACCCCACUGGCCAACAAGCCACUGCUGUUCUACUUCAACAUCAUGAAGUGUGCCAGCCCCAUGGUGCUGCUGGAGUUCCAGUGUCCCACCACGCAGAUGUGCGUGGAGAAGUGCCCCGAAAAGUUCAUGACGUUGGUGAAAGCCUACACCAACAAAAAAGACUUUGAGGACUACAAGAGAUUCUGCAAGGACGGUGUGACCAACGCAAUGGGUAUACCACAAAUCCUCAGUUUAGGUCUCUGUCCCGCCAUGCUGACCCCCAGCAGACCAUUCACCCGCCGGUGUUUCCCAGCUUUGGGCCAGAAAGAAGGCGUGGUAACCGUGGGAAACAACUCUCACUUCGAUGACGGGAGCGGAAACAUGAGAGACGCCAAGGAUCUUCUGGAUGGAGUCAAGAACGCCACCGUGGUUAUCGAGGCUCGCCAGGUGGUCAUGAAAAUCUUCGAGGAUUACACACAGUCCUGGUACUGGAUCCUGAUAGGGUUGGUCCUCGCGAUGCUCAUCAGCCUGCUCUUCAUCGUGCUGCUGCGCUUCCUGGCGGGGAUCAUGGUCUGGGUCAUGAUUGUCUUGGUGAUACUGGUCAUAGGAUAUGGUAUCUUCCACUGCUACAUGGAGUACGCCGCCCUGAAGGGAGAGGCGGGCGCCAAUGUGACUCUACAGGAACUGGGCUUCCAGACGGACUUCGCAGUCUACCUGCAGAUCAGACAGACCUGGCUGGCCUUCAUGAUCAUCCUGGCCAUUGUGGACGUCAUCAUCAUCCUGCUGCUCAUCUUCCUCAGGAAGAGGAUCCUCAUCGCCAUCGCUCUCAUCAAAGAAGCCAGCAGAGCUGUCGGUCACGUGAUGAGUUCCCUUUUCUACCCUCUCUUCACGUUCUUCCUCCUAGCCAUGGUCAUCGCCUUCUGGGCCGUUACUGCUGUCUUCUUGUCUACCUCCAAUGAACCCAUCUACAAAGUGUUCAAUGAGACGGUAUGCGACCACUCUAGAAAAACCUGUGACCCAGCGAACUACUCAACCAGUGAGGAAAAAGCGCACUGCCCCGACUCGGAGUGCCUUUUCGCCUUCUAUGGCGGAGAGACCGCCUACCACAAGUACCUGAUCGGCCUGCAGUUCUACAACGUCUUCCUCUUCUUCUGGUGCGCCAACUUCGUCAUGGCUCUGGGACAGAUGACGCUGGCCGGGGCCUUCGCCUCGUACUACUGGGCCGUCAACAAGCCGGACGAUAUGCCCGCCUUCCCGGUCUUUUCUGCCCUGGGGAGAUCUCUCAGGUAUCACACGGGAACUCUGGCGUUCGGAUCCCUCAUCCUCUCAAUCAUCCAGAUCAUCAGGGUUUUGCUAGAGUAUCUGGACCACAAGCUGAAAGGAGCCCACAAUAAGUUUACCAAGUUCCUGUUGUGCUGUCUGAAGUGCUGCUUCUGGUGUCUGGAGAAAUGUAUGAAGUUCCUAAACAGGAAUGCCUACAUCAUGGUGGCGAUCUACGGCAAAAACUUUUGCACCGCUGCCAGAGAUGCCUUCCUCCUCCUCAUGAGGAACAUGAUCAGGGUGGCCGUCUUAGACAAAGUGACAGACUUCCUCUUGUUUUUGGGCAAACUGCUCAUCGUUGGGCUCGUGGGGAUCUUUGCCUUCUUCUUCUUCUCUGGGAGAGUGAAGGCCUUUGAGGAUACAACCCCCCAUCUCCACUACUACUGGGUGCCCAUCCUGACUGUGGUGGUUGGCUCCUACCUCAUUGCCCAUGGAUUCUUCAGCGUGUACGCCAUGUGUGUGGACACCCUCUUCCUCUGUUUCUUGGAGGAUCUUGAGAGGAACGAUGGCAGUGCCGAGAGGCCCUACCUGAUGCCCGAGAGCCUCCGCAAAGUCCUGAACAAGAAGAACAAGACUGAGCCGGCUCAAUAGAGCCGCUCCUCCUGUGAGGCGAGACCGUGGACCGGACCAUAGUUUAUUUUUUGCUCAGUGGAAGACGGCUUGGACAAGAACGCCAUCAGUCACCAGGGGCCUACAGGUGACGGAUCAGUUGUGUCAUCCAUUCUAUUCUGUUACUGCCAAACGUUUCAUUCCCACGCGUUUCUCACAAAUUCGACAGUUCCAUUUUUAUCCGUCUGGUUUUCAAUUUAGAGCGUUGUGGAAUUUAAAAUUUCCGUUUUGGCUGUAGCUGUAAAUUUGAAGUAUUUUAUUUUGAGCAUGUUUUCAUUUAAUAUAUUUGUGUUACAUGAAGGUUAGCUCAUAUGCAAUCUGCUAAAGUUGUUUUAAUGUGUCUUUGCGCUUUUAUAACUGUAAUCUUCUAUUAUAUUUGAAUAAAUAUUUAACAUUGUUACCAAAGCCAUUACGCUGCCACUCAUGCAUAGUGGAGGUCAUUUACAUCUACAAAUUAGACUAGUGUGUUUUACCAGCCAACAUAUGGAGAGAAAUAUAAACGGGAACCAAAGCAAAAUGUAUAUUGUAAUAGAUGUACAGGAAUAUACUUUCGCACUUAUUUCAUCAUUGUGGAGUUGAAUUGAGAAUGUUUUUUUUUUUGAAAUAAACAUAGUUUUUUACAUAA